GCGGGCGGGGAAGGAGCGCGGUCGUCUUAGUCCCGCGCGGCCGUCUUAGUCCCGCGCGGUGCGGCGCGGCCCGGUCCUCGCUUCUCUCCUCGCUUCUCGUCCGGCCUUCGCUUCUCGUCCGGCACCAUGUCGCGGCGGCGGCACAGCGACGAUAGCGAUGACAGCGAUGGGCAGCCUCACAAGCGGCGGAGGACGUCGGAGCCGUCGGAGAUCGAGGAGAGGCUCGAGUCGCUCAUCUGCAGAGUAGGGGAGAAGAGCAAUUCAUCCCUGGAGAGCAACUUGGAGGGCCUAGCUGGUGUAUUGGAAGCUGAUCUACCAAAUUACAAAAGCAAGAUACUAAGAAUUCUGUGUACUGUUGCACGUCUGUUACCAGAAAAGCUUACUGUUUACACAACACUAGUUGGGUUGCUGAAUGCCAGGAACUACAACUUUGGUGGGGAAUUUGUAGAAGCCAUGAUUCGUCAGCUUAAAGAAUGUCUGAAAGUCAAUAUGUACAAUGAAGCUGUGCAUUUAGUUCGUUUUCUGUCUGAUCUUGUGAAUUGUCAUGUCAUAGCUGCACCUUCGAUGGUAGCCAUGUUUGAGAACUUUGUGAGUGUGACACAGGAAGAAGAUGUACCACAAGUACGGUGUGACUGGUACAUAUUUGCAUUUCUGUCAUCUUUGCCUUGGGUUGGAAAGGAAUUGUAUGAGAAAAAGGAUGCUGAGAUGGAUCGUCUCUUAUCUCAGACAGAAAGCUAUCUGAAACGCCGCCAGAAGAUACAUGUACCAAUGUUACAAGUUUGGACUGCUGAUAAACCACAUCCACAGGAAGAAUAUUUAGACUGCCUCUGGUCUCAGAUUCAGAAGUUGAAAAAAGACCGUUGGCAAGAACGACACAUUCUGAGGCCCUACCUGGCUUUUGAUAGCAUUCUUUGUGAAGCACUGCAACAUAAUCUGCCGCCAUUCACUCCUCCACCUCACACUGAAGACUCAGUAUAUCCUAUGCCAAGGGUUAUUUUUAGGAUGUUUGACUACACUGAUGACCCUGAGGGCCCUGUCAUGCCUGGCAGCCAUUCUGUUGAACGAUUUGUAAUAGAAGAGAACCUUCACUGCAUCAUCAAAUCCCACUGGAAAGAGAGAAAGACUUGUGCUGCCCAGCUCUUGAGCUAUCCAGGAAAUAACAAGAUACCCUUGAACUAUCACAUAGUAGAGGUAAUUUUUGCAGAGUUGUUUCAGCUUCCUUCUCCGCCACACAUCGAGGUCAUGUACACAACACUGCUGAUUGAACUGUGCAAACUUCAGCCUGGUUCUUUGCCACAAGUUCUUGCACAAGCCACAGAAAUGCUCUACAUGCGUUUGGAUACAAUGAAUACAACCUGUGUAGACAGAUUCAUUAACUGGUUUUCUCACCACCUGAGUAACUUCCAGUUCCGUUGGAGCUGGGAAGAUUGGUCAGACUGUCUUACUCAGGACCUUGAAAAGCCCAAACCCAAGUUUGUGAGAGAGGUUUUGGAAAAAUGCAUGCGACUCUCCUACCAUCAGCGAAUAAUCGAUAUUGUUCCUGCAAGCUUUUCUGUCCUCAGUCCUGCAAAUCCAGUGUGUAUCUACAAGUAUGGAGAUGAAAGCAAUAGGUCUCUUCCUGGAUAUACUGUGGCACUCUGUUUAACAAUUGCAAUUAAAAACAAGGCCAGUAAUGAUGAAAUCUUCAGCAUUUUAAAAGAUGUGCCUAAUCCAAACCAGGAUGAUGACGAUGAUGAAGGAUUUACUUUCAAUCCUCUGAAAAUAGAAGUCUUCGUUCAGACUCUGCUCCAUCUUGCCGCAAAGUCUUUCAGCCACUCCUUCAGCGCCCUGGCAAAGUUUCAUGAAGUCUUCAAAACGCUUGCUGAAAGUGAUGAGGGAAAACUCCAUGUUUUGAGAGUUGUGUACGAGGUCUGGAAGAACCAUCCACAGAUGAUCGCUGUGCUUGUGGACAAGAUGAUUCGGACACAAAUUGUUGACUGUGCUGCAGUAGCAAACUGGAUCUUCUCCUCAGAGCUUGCACACGAUUUUACUAGGUUUUACAUCUGGGAGAUCUUGCAUUCCACAAUUCGUAAGAUGAAUAAGCAUGUUCUGAAGAUUCACAAAGAACUGGAGGAUACAAAGGCAAGGUUGGCCAGACAGCACAAAAGACGAGACAGUGAUGAUGAUGACCGGAGCAGUGAUCGGGAGGAUGGACCUCUGGAGGAGCAGAUAGAGCGCUUGCAGGAGAAGGUUGAGUCAGCACAGAGUGAGCAGAAGAAUCUCUUCCUUGUUAUAUUCCAGCGCUUCAUUAUGUUGUUAACUGAGCACUUAGUGCGCUGUGAAACCGGUGGAAUCGAUGUAUUUACACCUUGGUACAAGAGCUGCAUAGAAAGGCUGCAGCAGAUCUUCCUGCAGCAUCACCAGAUAAUCCAGCAGUAUAUGGUGACCUUCGAGAACCUCCUGUUUACAGCUGAGCUGGAUCAUCACAUAUUGGCUGUCUUUCAGCAGUUCUGUGCUCUGCAGGCCUGAGGAGUAAUCCUGGGUGAAGUCUUGUUUUCAGGACUGUAACAGUUUUUUGUUUUUUUUUUUUAACAUGACAUGGGGAUGAAAAGAACUUUUUGACUAAAACUGGCUUUCAUAUGCUCCUACAUAAAACAAUUCAGUUCUCUAACCAACAGUAGACUGUAAGCAUCCUAAGCCUUACUAGAUACAACUCAUUGUACAUGUACAGGGGAUUGACAUGAAGUAGUGUGAAUUCUUUUAAUCUGUUUUUAUUUUUGUUUGACUCUUUGUUUCAUGAUAGUAUUUUUCUUUCUCCCUUGUUUAUAUAAAAAUGAAAACUGGGGAAAAAAUCAAUAUAGGAUUUGUUACCUCUGCCUGGCCCUUAAAUCAGAGAAAUUGCAGAAAUGUGAAGCAGUUUGUAGUGUUUUCUAAGCGUGAAAGGGAAUGCACUUUCUAAGUGUGAUAAAGUUUCUAGUAUGGCAUAGGAAAAGUGUCUUAAUUUGGGGCAUGUGAAACAAGCUUUUAAAGUAGACUAGAGCAUAUGGAUUGAGUAUGUUUUUAAAAUGUAUUGUCUGGUGUCUUAUUCCAGUAGCUAUAAGCAAUCAGUAGAGGAAUUUGAUGGAUAAAUUCUGAAAAAUGCAAUCCUUUUUACAGUCUGGUCAAAAUUAGGACCUCUUCUUGGCAGUCGCUUCCACUGGUAGUAAGUAGAAGCAGCGAGCAACACUUGGGAGUGGGACAGAUUUUCUGCUUUGGUACUGCAACCCUCACUGUGUUUCAGGGCUGCCAUGCCACUGAACUAGACCUGCAGGCCUGCAGUGCUGCCAGAAAUGCUUCUGUUACCCACGGUGGAUAAACCAGGUGCCACUGCUUGUCUGGCUUAGCAACAACUGCUUGGUGGUGGCUGUUUCUGCUACGGUAACACGCAGCUCCUGUGUCACCUGAAAGCAUUUUAAUGCUUACUGAAGAGGUAUCUCGCCAGGAGACUCAGACUGGGGAAACACGUAACCUGAAAAUAGAGUAGCCUUAGUUUUGAGUUAUGCAAAUAACAUUACUUAUAUAAAUGCCAAAUCAGAGUGGUGGUCUGUGUUACGGUAAGCAGUGAAGAAUGGCAAAGACACUGCCUUAGGUGCUCAGGUCUGUACUGUACAGUAUACUUCCAAGCUGUUUAUGUUUUCUUUACUUUGUGGGUGAAUGUUUAGAGAAUUUCAUACCCAGCGCUACACAGUUCAAGCUUGAAAGUGAUGAAUUUUAAGUAAUUUUGUUCCUGUACGAAUUAUUUUUUUUCAGUGUUAUGCUCCGUAAUGCAAUUCAUCCCAACAUUAAUAAAUUGACCUCCUAAUAAAGUCAGGAGAGCAAAAAGGAAAUUUUUUUUAGUGUUGACAUAAGCUUGUACGUGGCUUGUUGCAGCUGGUAUGUCCUCAUAGACUUCAGUUCGUUACUUCUGCUUUCACUGCUUACCCCCUCUGGUUUGACUGAUCCCUCUUUUCCUUUAGGAUAAACUGUUAUGUGUUAUAAAUUUGCUUUAUGCAGAGGGUUUUGUCAGUCAUGCACAGUUCUGCUUCAGAUCUUUCUGUUAAUGUUCUCGAGCAAUUAAAUAGUGUUUUUUAAAAGAAACAUUUAGCAUUGUAGAAGUUUUAAUUGGGGUUUGGCUUUUCUCUUCCACUGUCUCAGAUGAGUAAGGAGUUGUGGUAUGAACUAAUGAUGGGGAUCUAAAGGACUGUAAAUGUGAUUUCUGUAGAAGUGAGGAUGCAGUUACAACGUGCAAACCUGUAACUUGCUCUGAGCCUUGACAAACAGUGGUGCUGGGGAUCCAUUUGCAAAUACUUGCACGUGGACAGUGUAAUCCUAUGACUUAAAACCAAAUCUGCACUUUCACUAUGAAUGGAGUUCCCAUGAUGGGUUUUGACAUCUCUAUAAUAGUCUAUUGGAAACCUUCCUCUCUUUUCUAAGUCCAGCAGCAUACAUCUGUCCUGACCUGAGAAACUGGUUGGUGUAUAGGAAGAAAGAGAUGCUUGAACAGCAAUACCAGCAGGCAGCUAGCUUAACCACUGAAGCAUGGGAUGGUGAAUAGUGUAAAGGUGCUGUAGAAAUGUGCUGUGGUUGGAAAAAAAAUGCACAAUUAUUAAAGUCAAAAAUAAACGAAGGUGAAGCAGGUUA